CUACUUCCGCCUCCAGCGUUCCCCGCAUAGAGCUUCCGGGCAUUCCCGGCCGUCACCAGCCCAUGCAAUGGCCGCUUCUUUGGCGGGGAAGAAGAUCGUGUUUGUGACGGGAAACGCAAAGAAGCUGGAGGAGGUCAUUCAGAUUCUAGGAGAUAAGUUUCCAUGCACUUUGGUGGCACAGAAAAUUGACCUGCCUGAGUAUCAGGGAGAGCCGGAUGAAAUUUCCAUACAGAAGUGUCGGGAGGCCGCUCGCCAGGUGCAGGGUCCUGUACUGGUGGAGGAUACCUGUCUGUGCUUUAAUGCCCUCGGCGGGCUCCCUGGCCCCUACAUAAAAUGGUUCCUAGAGAAGCUAAAGCCUGAAGGUCUCCACCAGCUCCUGGCCGGCUUUGAGGACAAAUCAGCCUACGCACUGUGCACAUUUGCUCUCAGCACUGGGGACCCAAGCCAGCCAGUCCUCCUGUUCAGGGGCCAGACCUCGGUGUCCAAGGAGGCUGGAAGCAUCAGAUCCCCUGGAGCUGGAGUUACAGAUGAUGGCCAGAUCGUGAAGCCACGAGGCUGCCGGGACUUUGGCUGGGACCCCUGCUUUCAGCCUGAUGGAUAUGAGCAAACGUAUGCAGAGAUGCCAAAGGCUGAGAAGAACACCAUUUCUCAUCGAUUCCGGGCCUUGUUCAAGCUGCAAGAGUACUUUAGUGUGACUGCUGGGGCUGGUGGCCACUAGGGUCGUGGGUGUGGGGAGGAUAGUGCAGAACUCCCCAGGAGGCAGGCACUCCUGGCUAGUGUUUCUCUGGGUUGCGCUUUACCAGGGCAUCCAGGCACAUCAGCAGCCAGGUCCGGAAGGGCAGUUUGCUUUGCACAGGGGAGCUCUGGGCCAGUUGAUACUAAACUCUGGCCCUUUGGGAUUCAAGAGUUGCCUGUGGCCUGGCAUAGUGGUGCACACCUUUAGUCCCAGAAUUUGAGAGGCAGAGGCAGACAGAUCUCUGUGAGUUCAAGGCCAGCCUGGUUUACAUAGUGAGUUCCGGGACAGCCAGAGCUGCAUAGUGAGAUGCUGUCUCAAAAACAAAACAAACAAUAAAGCAGAGUUGCUCUUGCAGCCUCUGGGAUCCUGAGAGAACUUUGGGUGUCACACCUCUUAGCUUGAGGGUUGGCAAAGAAACAUACAGCCUUUGAUUUUAGAAUGCAGCAAAUGUAAAUUCUUGAAGGCAUGUUUCCAAAAUAAAUGGUAUAUUUGUUUUGA